AUGGAUUCUGAAAUGACAUCCUCGAAUCGACCGGAGUUUGAUUACUUGUUCAAAUUACUCUUAAUUGGAGACUCUGGCGUUGGGAAAAGCACCCUUCUUGUCAGUUUUGCCUCUGACGCUUUUGAACAGCUUUCUCCAACAAUUGGUGUUGAUUUCAAGGUAAAAUAUGUAAACAUUGGGGGGAAAAAGCUUAAGCUUGCAAUUUGGGACACAGCUGGUCAGGAAAGGUUCAGAACAUUAACAACCUCAUACUACAGAGGAGCACAAGGGAUUAUCAUGGUUUAUGAUGUAACAAGACGGGAAACAUUCACCAACCUUUCUGAAGUUUGGGCCAAGGAGAUUGACCUUCACUUAACGAAUCCAGAUUGCAUCAAGAUGCUUGUUGGAAACAAAGUUGACAAGGAGGGUGAACGUUCGGUAACCAAAAAGGAAGGAAUAGAUUUUGCUAAGGAAUAUGGAACCCUUUUCAUCGAAUGCAGUGCAAAAACUCAACUCAAUGUGCAGCUUUGUUUCGAAGAGCUUAUCUUGAAGAUUCUGGAUACUGAAAGCCUCUUAGCUGAGGGCUGCAAGGGUGUGAAAAAGAACAUAUUCAAAGAAAAGCCACUGGAAUCUGACACUUCCUCAAGUAGCUGUUGCUAAUCCUUGUUUCUCCUAAAACUUCUAACACCUAUUUUGAUCCCUUCAGUUAUUAGCCACUAUUACUUGUAUAAAACUUGAUCUAAGCAAUGAUAUCACAAGUUGGCUUCCA